AACUGACUGAACUGAAUGUCAUUCAAAAUGGCGAGCAAUCCGAUGGAUGCAGUGCUUGUGAAGGGGCAAGAGUUUCACGUCGGGCCGCGAUAUGUGGAGCUCCAGUACAUCGGGGAGGGAGCUUAUGGAAUGGUAGUAUCGGCCAUAGAUACACAUUCUCCUCUAAGUAAAAAGGAAAGGGUGGCUAUAAAGAAGAUCUCGCCAUUUGAGCACCAGACAUAUUGUCAGCGGACCUUGCGAGAAAUAAAGAUUCUGACUAGAUUUAAGCAUGAAAACAUAAUCAACAUUCAUAACAUACUCCGCCAAGAGAAUUUAGAAUCAAUGAAAGAUGUAUACAUUGUACAGUGUUUGAUGGAGACGGACAUGUACAAGCUGCUAAAGACACAGACACUUAGUAACGAUCACGUUUGUUACUUCCUCUACCAAAUCCUCCGUGGGCUCAAGUACAUCCACUCCGCUAACGUGCUUCACCGAGAUCUCAAACCAAGUAACUUGCUCCUCAACACUACCUGUGAUCUUAAGAUUUGUGAUUUUGGAUUGGCGAGAGUUGCAGACCCUGAACACGACCACACCGGCUUUCUCACUGAAUACGUGGCCACACGAUGGUACAGAGCGCCAGAAAUCAUGCUUAAUUCCAAAGGUUACACCAAGUCCAUUGAUGUGUGGUCAGUGGGAUGUAUACUGGCAGAGAUGCUCCUAAACAGGCCACUCUUCCCCGGAAAGCACUAUCUUGACCAACUCAAUCACAUACUGGGUAUAUUAGGUUCCCCGAAACAAGAUGAUCUUAGCUGUAUUAUCAAUGAUAAGGCCAGGGGCUAUAUAGAGACUCUUCCUGAGAAACCCAAGGUACCCUGGAAGCGAUUGUUCCCCCAAGCAGAUUUGAAAGCUCUUGACCUUCUGGAGAGGAUGUUAACCUUUAACCCGCACAAGAGGAUCACUGUGGAACAAGCUUUGGAACAUCCAUAUCUAGAACAGUACUAUGACCCUGCUGAUGAGCCCGUUGCUGAGGAACCUUUCACUUUUGAAAUGGAACUUGAUGAUCUCCCAAAAGAAAGACUGAAGGAAUUGAUAUACCAAGAAACUUUACUUCUGGAACAGAAACACCAAAUUAAGGAAUAAAGGUACAGAAGUGGAUGACAGAUCAUAUCAUCACCUGCUUGUUUUCCAUGAUGUUCAUUGUCUGUGUACAACCAUAUAACAAAAAUGACUUUCUACUCAUUUCUCAUAGACAGUUGGUGGUGUUCUACCAUUUUCCUCUAUAGUAACAAUGAGCACAACCCAUAUCAAUUCAGGUCGGAUCCGACCUGUAUCGGGCCAUGCCUGAAUGUUGACCUUUGAGAGGUCAUUCUUGAUUAUAAAUUGGCCUGCUACUGCGAGAUGUAUGUUGGUACGCUGUAACUUACCUGUAGUUAUGGAAAUGUCAUGGUUUCUGGCAUAACUACUAGUGGUACUAGCUGUUAUAGUUAUAAUAACUGUACUUGACAGUACUGUCUUGCUUACCAACCCGGUAAGUUACUAGCCAAUCAAGCGGCGGGUCGCUAUGGAGAUAUCAUGAAUAGACCAAUGAUGACAAUCUUCCAAAAGAUAGAGAAUUACUUCCUUAUAUUUUUUUGGAUAUAUUCAGUUUGAUAUGUACGUGAUAUGUAAGUACUUGCGACAGAUUGAGACUGAAUCAAAACAGUGAAUCGUACUGUCAGAGAGGUGAGGAGGGGAGGUUGUAGCCGGCCCUUCUUCACGAGUGCGUGUGUACGGGGAUGUACAUGCUACACGGUAAACAGAAGAGUCUCGUAAAAAUUCUGACCUCAAGUUCGGAUAAUUUUGCGUUAAAUUUCUGGCAGCAGUAAUGUUGUCUAUAGUUGAUUUUUGUUUUGUUUUCUUGGCUAACAAAUCACAAUUAAUCUGUCCACUUUUUAAAUUCUGAAUGAAUUAUCACUUUGUAAAAUAAUGGCAUUUUCUUAAGAUUGUUGUAAGGCUCAGUACUCUGAUGUGACUUUAAGAUUUUUUCUUAUCCGUUAGCGAAAUAUAUCGGUAACCUUGGUGGCGAUAUACAUUUUGUUUCUGUGUGAAGUAUAAAGAUAGAUUUGAUCAUGUUAAAAUAUGUUGAUACUGCUGUUGAAAUUUUGUCUCCAGAUUAAAAAAAACAUGAUGCCAGUAUUCACCUUGUAACUAUGAACAACCUGCAAACACAAACUUUACCCUCCAGGGAGGUAACUCUAGAGACAUAAAAUCCUUAAUUAUUUUCUCUGGUAGGACUGCAACAGAUGUUUCAGUUAUACAUGGCAGGUUCUGGCCUCUAUUCCUCUAAAAGUGAUUCAGACACUUAGCACUAAAGAAGGAUCUUCAAAUUCAGUGUAAUUAUACAUGAUGGCAGGACAGUUCUCCUCAAAUGUGUAAAGCUUGAAGCUGAUGAAUAUGAAUAUUUGACAAGCAGGCUUACAAUGUAAGUCAACUAGCAUCAACACUGUUUACAAUUUCACACUAUUUUUUUGCCCUUCAUAGUCAUGAUAUAUUAUAGGGCAAAAUGACUUCAUGCAUCAUGAAACUCACCACAUCAACUUGUAAUGUGAUUUUGCAUAUUUUGUGCAAUUCUCUCGCUAUCAAUCAUGAUUUAAAAAAUAGUUCAUGCAAUUAAACAUUCUAGUUAACACACAAUUUAAUUCCAUAUCAUUCUCGCUUUGUGAAGGCGAGAAUACCCUGUGGUACUGUUGAUAGACGAUUUCUGUUGAAUGACCAGAUUUGUUACUAGGGAUAUACGUGGGAUAACAGUUAAACUGAUAAAUAACAUUGUUUGCCUUUUGUAAUUUAAUUUUCUAUGUCUGUUCAUUCAUUUCCUUGAUACAUAUAUAUAUAUAUAUAUAUAUAUAUAUACAACUGGAUUGUUCCGCUCCAUCUUGAGUACCGAUAUAUUAUCUCCGGCUGCCUUUGUUGACCAAAAUUAUAGCUGUUUUAUAUAACUGGCAUAAUGACAUAUACUGGGCUGUGAAGUAGAAGUGUUUUCUAUAGAGCAAGGGACUGAGUACAUACCCCUCUUUAAAAUUUAAAAUGAUUUCUAUAUAAUGACCAAUGCUUCCCAACUCCCCUCCUUUUUUUCAAAGAUGGGGAAAACACUGAAUAAGGUUACCUCUUUUGAUGAAUAGGCCUUGCCAAUCAUCCUUUAUUCUUUUGAAUUUAACCAGCGUUGGGUUUGACAAAAUGAAGCCGCCAUUAUUACAAAAUUCACCGUUAUGUUAUUGCAAACACUAAGAAAUAUCACUGUACACGUUGCCUGAAAGGUGGGACUUGGGACUACAGUAUGUGUUUUACAAUUUUCAGCUCUUUGAUGUUUAGUAACAGUUUGUGGCGUUGUGUUAACUUGAGUAAUCCUGUUGUCAGGAGCGUCUACAUCUAUAAUAUUGAAUACUAUUUGCUUUAUAUAGCGAUAUUGAAUACUUGUGCUAAUUUUGUUAUUAAUUAAUUAUAGACAUAAUAUACACUGUUUAUUAUUGUAUUUUUAAUACCAAAUGCUUACUUUGUACAUAUGUCUUAAACUGUAUAGAUUGUUACCUUAUUACUGAUCAGGGCCUAUAUUCACGAGACGAUUUUCAUGCUCCAACUCAGAUUCUGUGGAAGGCCGAGUUUCCUCUGGCGCCGACACCAGACUUAGAUAUCUAUCUGUCAAAACAUCUAAGCCUGGUGUCAGGGCCAGAGGAAACUCUGGCUACUUACGUGUUCAGAUCCAGGCAUGAAUUAAAUAAAACUUCACAUUAUUUAUGAUUAAUUUGGAGGACAUUAUUGAGAGACUUGAAGCUGAACACCAUUUUCAAUGUUUAGUCUUUGCCUUGUGACUGUUGCAGGAUUGCAGCAAAUUACAAGAAAGUUGGUUUGAGCACAGAGUUUAUACUUGGGUAUGAGGUUAUUUUCAUGAAUAAGGGCCUAGAGCUGUCUCGGACAGAUUAUGUGAUCUCGUUAGAAUAAAAUCUCGUUAGCAGUAUGACCCUAUAUGGUCAUGUAAUCUACAUUAUUAUCAUAAUUAUGAUCUAAUUAGUAGCAUAACUAUGUAUGGUUCAUUGGAUAGGUACCUAACCAUAUAUGUACAAAGGUUUCGAGCUGACUACAAAAUGUGACCCAGGGUUGUCCUAGGCCGUUUUUGUUUAUCGUGGUAUAAACGGUUGAACCGGUUGGACCGAAGUUGUUCGUUUAUGAAAUAAGGUCCGACUUAUUAAUCUCUUGCUGCUUUCAGG